UGCGGGUCAUUAUGGCAAUGACAGGUGGCACUGCACCAUCAUUUCCAAUGAGCAAUCAUACCCGUGAAAGAGUGACGGUCGCAAAGCUUACUCUAGAAAACUUCUACAGCACUCUGAUAACUCAGCAUGAAGAAAGGGAAAUGAGGCAAAUAAAACUUGAAAAAGCAAUGGAUGAAGAGGGUCUAGCAGAUGAAGAGAAAAAAAUGAGGAGAUCCCAGCAUGCACGAAAAGAAACUGAAUUUCUAAGGCUAAAACGAACCAGAUUGGGUUUGGAUGACUUUGAGUCUUUGAAGGUUAUCGGAAGAGGAGCUUUUGGAGAGGUGCGUCUCGUUCAGAAGAAGGACACUGGCCAUAUUUAUGCCAUGAAGAUCCUAAGAAAAGCAGACAUGCUUGAAAAAGAACAAGUAGCACAUAUCAGGGCCGAGAGGGAUAUUUUGGUGGAAGCUGAUGGAGCAUGGGUUGUGAAAAUGUUUUACAGUUUUCAAGAUAAAAGAAACCUCUAUUUAAUUAUGGAAUUUCUUCCAGGAGGUGACAUGAUGACUUUGCUCAUGAAAAAGGAUACUUUGUCAGAAGAGGAAACCCAGUUUUACAUCGCUGAGACUGUGCUGGCCAUAGACGCCAUUCACCAGCUAGGAUUCAUUCAUAGAGAUAUUAAACCGGAUAACCUCCUGUUAGAUUCUAGGGGACAUGUUAAACUGUCUGACUUUGGUUUAUGCACUGGACUGAAGAAGGCACAUAGAACAGAAUUCUAUAGGAAUCUAACUCACAAUCCUCCCAGUGAUUUUUCUUUUCAGAACAUGAAUUCUAAAAGGAAAGCAGAAACAUGGAAGAAAAACAGAAGGCAGUUAGCUUAUUCAACUGUGGGAACACCAGACUAUAUUGCUCCAGAGGUAUUCAUGCAGACUGGCUAUAAUAAACUCUGUGAUUGGUGGUCUUUGGGAGUCAUAAUGUAUGAAAUGUUAAUAGGAUAUCCUCCAUUCUGUUCUGAAACACCUCAGGAAACAUACCGAAAGGUUAUGAAUUGGAAAGAGACACUAGUUUUUCCUCCAGAAGUGCCAAUUUCUGAGAAAGCGAAGGACUUGAUUUUAAGGUUCUGUAAUGAUGCAGAGAAUAGAGUUGGUGCUAAUGGCGUAGAGGAAAUAAAAAGUCACCCCUUCUUUGUACCAGUAGACUGGGAACACAUAAGGGAGCGACCAGCAGCCAUUUCAAUUGAAAUAAAAAGUAUUGAUGACACAUCCAACUUUGAUGAAUUCCCAGAAUCUGAUAUCUUACAGCCUGUGACAAACACAACGGAACCUGAUUAUAAAUCGAAGGACUGGGUUUUCCUUAACUAUACCUACAAAAGAUUUGAAGGACUAACACAACGAGGCUCCAUUCCUUCUUACAUGAAGACAGGAAACCUGUGACAUUCAGGGAAUGAAGAAAAAUGUGGAAACUCUUAUAAAGUAGCUGCACUGCCUGGGCCCUCAGCAGCUGCUGAUUAUGCAUACACAGGAAGAACUCAACUACACUUCGGUGUAUAUCACAGAACUGCUGAAAUUCUACAGGAUUAGGAUUUCCGAAAUAUUAAGUGGCUACUUCACUAUGAAUUUUGGCAGAGCCAGCAGCCAUGUUUCUCAGCAUAUCUUGUUGUUUGCAUUUUAGUCUUUGUUUUAUAAUAUAAAGGUACUAGGAUAUGUUGAACACUUUUUCAGGUUUACAUGUAGCACUGUCCAGUAUGGAUCUCUUCUUUUAGUUGUACUGUAUUUAAAGCACUAAAAAAAAAAAAAAGAAAUCCUCAUAUCCUAAUACUAUUAUAGUCUGGUUGAAGGUUGCAGAGUUCAUUUAGGUACAAUACAGUAUAUGAAUGCCAAAGUUGCCCAAGCCCUGUUAAAUAACACAUGGCUUAUGAUCGAAAUUGGUAGCCCAAAUUAACUUAACUACCAACUGAGAUUUUCACUACUUAUCAAUAAAUUUACUGGUGUGUGAAAACAUUUUUUGGAGAGAUCUAAGAUUAUAAAUAUCAACACUGAUAAACAAUAUUACUGUAAUCUAUCUUGUUAGAUUCCAUGUUACAAAAAUUAAGAUUUGUUCAUAGUCUCAAUUUAAACACUGCGAGAAAACUAAUUUCUAUCAGUGGUGAGGCAUUAGGUUAAAAAUUAUGAAUCUAAAUUACAGUAUAUUGAUGCAGAUUUUCAUUUAGCAUUUCUUCUUCCCUUACACAGGGUAUGUUGUUAAUGUUGUGUGCUUAAAGCAUUCAUUGAUUUAUGCUUUCCAUGCUGAAUAAUGUGUAACUGUUGGUUGGAAGAGCCAGACGGAAUUUUUUUUAUUUUCAACCUUAUUCAGAGGAAUAACAAUUGCUCUGCAGACUAAAUAAAAACUGUUGCACUAAUGGUAGCAGGAAAAGGUGGAGACUGAAAAAGAAAUCUAGAAAUUUCACAAAAAGCUGGAUGUAGCGUAUGACAAGUGCUGAAUGACUGCCAACAACAUAGCACAAAGCAUUUUUUUCAUAAAGCUGGUUAGAUUGUUUUUAAAAUGUUGCAUGUUUUUUGUUUCAGGGAACCUGAACCCCCAUGACUUUCUUUGCAUUAGUUUAAAGUACUAACUUACUGUAGAGAAAAAUGCCUGUUGAAAAUGUUUAUUUUUUUUAAUUUUUUUAUUUUUGGGAAAACUUUAAAUACAUUUUUGGAAAUAUUAAGUAUUUUGCUAAAUGAUUGACUUCUGUGUUUUUUUGAACAAUUAUAUUUUAUGUCCUCUCUUUAACUUGCAUUGCUGUUUAUAUACAGUGAAUUUUAAAUGCCUUUUCUUUUUUGUAAGUACUAUUUUUUAAUCACUUUUUUUUUUUUUUUUUAAAUGGGUUUUGACAAAUUCGGGUCAAGUCACUGUCUCCAUGGAGCUUUCUCAAGGCACUCAGAAACGUAUCUCCCACUUCAGAAACAGGCAGGUUAGCUUUAUUUGGCAUCUUUAAAUUGAUACAGUUUUAAUGACUGUGCCCUGUGAUGAACUGACACUUCACCCAAGAUUGGAUCCCACCUUGCACUUGUAUGCUGCCAGAAUAGACUACAACCCCUUUGACCUUGCAAGAAGUAUAUAGAGUUAACAAAGACUUUGAAAAUAAAUCUCUUUAAAGUAAGAUGAACCAGGAAGUGAGUUUAGAUUCAAUUAUUAAAAAAAAAUAUAUAUCAUUAGAAUGAACAGAAGCUGCUUCUAAGAACUUUUUUGUAAUCCUGUUAGUACCAAAGAAAUCAUGUUCAAAUAGAGUUAUUUGAAGCCAUUUACAUUUAUUUUUUACUGUAUGAAUUACAUACAUUUUUAUGGUAUAGAAAAUAUUUGCAGCCUAUUAACAAUCAUGUUCUUUUAUGCAUUUUAAUGUGUCUGGGAACUACCAAUUUAGGAAUGUAGUAGCUGUAAGGAAACACUAAUAUUAUUUGUGUAUCAAAAUUACUUGAUUUAGACAAAGUAAAUUUAGCAUAUCAUUUUUUGUGUAUGCAAAUUUUUCCUUAUACAAAUGAGAUUUCAUAUUCUAUUUUAUGUACAUAUUUAAAGUCCUGCAUUUCCAGUCUUUUAAGUUAAUUGCUGUGAGCAUACUCCUGUUUUGUAGUGUUAACUCUGAUCCUGCUGGUUGCUUCAAAGUGCUCAAAGAAUGGAUUCUCUAGCUAAAUUGUAAAUGAACAUUCUCAUGUAAGAUAAGGACAUCACUAAUUGACUUAUUAGAACUGGGUAACUUGUGCUCUUUCAUGUUUUCCUGUGCUAAAGUUCACCCUCUGCCAUAAAGGACUCUUUUAAACCAGUUGGCCUGCAUCAUUUGUAGGAUCUUUCUCCUCACUAGUUGUGAACUUUGUUUAAAGAAGUGUCUUUACCAACAACAUCAAACUGGGUGGAGAGGGUGAUUUAUGAAUGACUCAUCUGAGCUAAAGGAAGUCUGAGUUAGUUCCAGAGACUGUGCAGUGUUCAGUGUCCCUCAGACUAUUUCUAACAGAGUUUUUAUACACAGUCUAUAUAAAACAUUCAAUUAAAGUCUGGUGCCAUAUUGAUUUACUUGAUAUAAUCAAUAUAAACUCAUUUCCUUUUUGGCUACCAAUACAUAACUCUGAUCCUGAUAACCUCAAUACUGUGUCUGGCAAAAUAGUAAAUUGAUUUAUCCAUAUAAUUUUCUCAAAAAUCUCUCAUGCAUACAUACACUGGAUUUAAAAGUGAAUGGAGAUUAUUGGAGAAUGGGAUAUAAAACGUUUUUGCAUUUUUUUUUUCCUUUCAUGGUUUACAAUUUAUUAAUCCUAAUUUGUCCUAAACAUUUGCUUUUUACCAAAGAAUUCAAAAUACUUUUUAUCAGUAUAUAAUCUCUAAGAAUGUAUCUGUUUGUGGAGUAAGGAAUGCUGUAAAGAAAGUGAUGUAAAUGUUUAUACUUGUAAAGGAAUGUCAAUGUUAAGUUAUUUGGGGUAUUAUAAUAUUUAAAGUUUCUGAUGUAUACAGUUGUUAAAAAAACGGUACAUCAUCUGUGUUUGGGGGUUUGGUGUAAUGUGUUUUUUUUUUUUUUUUCCAACUGUCAGUAAGAUGCAAAUGUUUUAUGUUGAGAAAAUAUUUGAUGGCAAGCAAAUCUGCAUUUACUGGAAGCUCCAGAAUUAAUUAGUGUAAGAGUUUUUUAUUUAUCCCUACCAGGGAGCACAUGAAGGAAUUGUGCAGAUGUUUUAGCUUGAUAUUGUUUCAUUGUUUUUUGUUGCCUGUUUACAGUGGUGAAUUUAGUUAAUCCAAAAAAUGUUUUACACAAUCAAUUUAUUGUCAUUGCCAAAUAUUUAAUUUAAAUGAAUAAAUCCCCAUGUGGUUAAGCAUUUUCACUCUUCAAUCAAGUAUACAUGUCAAUUUUUUUUUCUCCAGCUGCUUAGUUCAUUUUGCUUUGAGUGGCACAUUUUCAUCUUUGUCAUAGAAAAUAUAUAAAUUGUGUAACAAUAUAAUGGAAAUAUGCAUUGAAAUGUUUUACAGGCACUUUUAUUUGUUUCAUUAUUGCCCACUGUAACAAACAUUUUCCAGCAAUACCUGAAGUAAAAUAUUAGUAUGAAUGUCAUCUGAAGCAAACUAGAAUGGUCAGCAUAGACAAGAAUAUUCAGAAAUUAUAUUUGGCAUAAUUACAACAAAAUGUAUAUUUGUCUGAUAUUCCAGUAAUGUGACAUUUUAAAAUGUAUUUCUGUUUGCAUUCUGCAUUGUAAAAAACAACUAUACACAAAGUAGUGAAAGUCAAUACAGGGUAGCAAGGGAGUUUCUUAGUUUGGUCAAAGAUUAAUAAAGUGUAUAUUGCUAAUUUUUUGUAACAUGAUGAAAUAAACAUGAUGAUACAGUAAACA